AUGACAAAGUGGAAGCAUCUUCUUCAUAAUAUUCCCGCAGAUUUCCCCGAAGGCAAGGCUGUCUUUAUGCUUAACCUUCUCCAGUUCUACGACCAAGCACAGUACCCCAAAGGAAGCAAACACUCCUCAUGCAGCGGCCAGGAAGCCUGGGUUGUGAGAUACGUGACAGAAUUCCGAAGGCUCGCAACCGAGGCCGGCGGCUUCGAAUUGGCCUACCUUGGCUUACCCGCCUCAAAAAUUGUUGGUGAAGACAGUGAAAACUGGGACGCGGUCGUGUUGGUCAAAUAUCCGAACAUUGAGACCUUCCGCAAGACGCUCGGCAGCGACGACUACGCAGCAACCGCGGCCGAACAUCGUGACGCCGCGCUACAGGACUGGAAAUUGAUUGCCUCGACCCAAGUCAUCAUUCAAGAUUAA